AUGACUCAAAGAUUUGAAUAAAUUCAAUUUAAUUCAGAUAAUUUCAUUAUUAAUUAUCAUAUAAUAGAUGAAGGAUAGGAAAUUAAUUAAUUUUACAUUUAUUUUUCUUGCAAAAUUGAUCAAACAAUUUAUUUUAAAAAAUUCUCAGAAGAAAAUACAAUUUAUGAUGCCAAAUGCAUAUUCUCCUAGAGUUUAUAAAAAUAGAAGACUUCAAUUUCUAUUUUUUCGUAAGAUACCUAAUUAAAAGAUGACCAGCUAAUUAUCCAUUUUAAACAAUAAGAAUUAUUUAUUUAUGAAACAAAAUUAAUUAGCUUUCAUACAAGAAACGGAUAAGUCUUAAAAUAAAAAGUUUAUAAGGCUUGUAUGAAAGUAAAAGAAAUGAAAAAUGAUUUCUAAAGAGAAAUAUCUUAACAAUCUUGUAAAUAUGAAUUUAACUAAUCUCCAAUUGAUGAUGAAGAUAAAUUACUAUCAGAUAUUACUGAUUAAACGGAGAUUGUUUUAGAUGUUGAUUUUCAACAUAAUUUGAAACUUAUCAAUAAUGAAUUGAAAACACAAUAAUUUAAUGUUUAGUUUUAUUAAACAGAAAUUGUCUCCUCUAUUUUUUCGAAAUUUUUAAAAGGUAAUUUACAAUACUAUUAUAAUGGUUAAUUGAUUGAUAUUAAUAAGAGUUUUGAAGAUAAUCUAAUUUAAAACAACUCUUGUGUUUAUUAUGGAAAAAUAUAUAAUUUUACUUUUAAAUUCACAAACAACAACUAAAUAAUUAAAAUUCAAGUUAAAUCAUUAAACACUAAAAUCGAGGAUGCUGUAUAACCAAUAUUAAAGGAAAAUCAUCCUCAAAAUUUUUAAUUUUCUUGUAAUAAUCGCUUAAUCAAUUUAGAAAAAACAUUUAGUUAAGAAAAGAUCAAAGAAGGAGUUAUAUAAAUAGAAUUAAAAAGUUUAAUCGUAAAUAUUUAUGAUAAAAAUAAAAUUUAUAAAUAUCACGUACUUCCUAAUUUAACUAUUGAAAAAUUAAAUAAAUUAAUUAAUAAUAAUCAAAAUAAAUGGUUAUUUAAACUAGAUAAUGAUGAUAUAUUAUAAGAUAAUAUUGAAUUAUCAACUUUAAAAAACUCUAAUGGUGAAGUAGAGUUAAUUUACAAGGAAUAUAUUAAACAGAAUACAAUUUUACAUUAAUAUUAGGAUGAUGUAUCAAUUGAUUUUUUUGUAACACAAAACAUUAAAACCAUUGAAAAUUCUUCAUUAGUUAUACCAAUAGAAUGGAAUGAUUAGAAAUUUUUCGAAACUGUUAAAUUAGAUUAGAAAGUUGAAGAAUUUUUAGAAGACUUUAAAAAACAAAAAAAACUUUCUAAAAUAUUUUUCUUUUAGGAUGGAGAAAUAAUUGAUAUUAAUAAAAAAUUUGAAGACUUAAGGGAUAUAGAAUACUCUUUUUUUGAAAUAAUAAGUGAAUGA